ACUAGCUGUUGGACAAUGGCAGGGAGUUGGUGUGUUGCUCAGACUCUGGCACUUUGUGUUUGGUUCUGUGCUUUCUGUCAUGCUGGUCCAAAGUGGAGUAAUCUGCACCAAAGUCCUCAAGCUCUGAUGUUCCAGCAAACUGACCCGAGGUUUCAACAGCAAGCUAGUCAGCAGUUUCCUCAGUCAGUUCAAGCUAGUCAACAGUUCCCUCUGUCAGUUCAACGGCAAGCUAGUCAACAGUUUUCUAAGCCAGUUCAACAGCAAACUAGUCAGCGGUUUCUUCAGUCUGUUCAACAGCAAGCUAGUCAACAGUUUCCUCAGCAGUUUCCUCAGUCAGUUCAAUGGCAAGCUAAUCAACAGUAUCCUAAGCCAGUUCAACAGCAAGCAAGUCAACAGUUUUCUAAGCCAGUUCAACAGCAAGCUAGUCAACAGUUUUCUAAGCCAGUUCAACAGCAAGCUAGUCAACAGUUCCCUAAAACUGUUCAACAGCAAGCUAGUCAACAGUUCCCUCAGUCUGUUCAACAGCAAGCUAGUCAACAGUUCCCUCAGUCUGUUCAACAGCAAGCUAGUCAACAGUUCCCUCAGUCUGUUCAACAGCAAGCUAGUCAACAGUUCACUCAGUCUGUUCAACAGCAAGCUAGUCAACAGUUUCCUCAGUCAGUUCAAGCUAGUCAACAGUUUUCUAAGCCAGUUCAACAGCAAGCUAGUCAACAGUUCCCUCAGGCUGUUCAACAGCAAGCUAGUCAACAGUUCCCUCAGUCUGUUCAACAGACUAGUCAACAGUUCCCUCAGUCUGUUCAACAGCAAGCUAGUCAACCGUUUCCUCAGCAGUUUCAGCCGAAACAGCCAGUGGGAAAGGCAGAGCCCGUUGACAAAUGUGCUGUUGCUGAUUAUGAGCAGAUCCAGUGUGGACCACCUGGUAUCAGUGGUGCUGAGUGUGCAGCUAUUAACUGCUGCUUUAACGGACUGCAGUGUUACUAUAGGAAGGCUGUGACUGUCCAGUGUAUAAGAGAUGGUCAGUUUGUGGUCGUGGUGGCUAGAGAUGUCACGCUGCCUCGUUUGAGCCUGGAUUCAGUCCGUCUCCUGGGUGGAGAUGAUCCAGCUUGCGGUCCUGUGGGAUCCACACCUUUCUUUGCUAUAUACCAGUUCCCUGUCACUGUGUGCGGCACGAGCAUGAUGGAGGACAGUGGAUAUGUGGUGUAUGAAAACAGAAUGACCUCCUCGUAUGAAGUGGGUAUCGGACCACUUGGUUCCAUCACAAGGGACAGCCAUUUUGAGCUUCUCUUCCAGUGUAGGUACUCCAGUACUUCUGUGGAAGCUCUGGUUGUGGAGGUCAACACUGUUCCUCCACCUCCACCAGUAGCUGCUCCUGGACCCCUCAGGGUGGAGCUUAGGCUAGCAAAUGGUCAGUGUGUCACCAAAGGCUGUGCAGAAGGGGAUGAGGCGUACACUUCCUACUACAGUGAUGCUGAUUAUCCUGUUACAAAAGUCCUGCGGGAGCCUGUGUAUGUUGAGGUGCACGUUAUGGAGAGGACCGACCCCAACAUUGUCCUGAUGCUGGGACACUGCUGGACGACGUCAACCCCCAGUCCACUCAGUCUACCCCAGUGGGACCUUCUGGUUGAUGGAUGCCCUUACCAGGAUGAUCGUUACCUGACCACAUUGGUUCCAGUGACUGGAUCGUCUGGUCUUCAGUUCCCAACCCACUACAAGCGCUUUAUUGUGAAGAUGUUCACAUUUGUUGAUCCAUCGUCACUGGCUCCUCUGCAGGAAACCAUCUUCAUCCACUGUAGUACAGCAGUGUGCCAUCCCUCUUCUGGCUCCUGUGAGCAAAGCUGCACUAGGAAAAGAAGGGACACUCCCAUCAAGACCAUCUCUAGUGGGCAAACUGUGGUGUCUAGUGGAGAAGUUAACCUGGUCAUGUCAAUUUAGAUUUAAUAAAUUGGUGUUGAUGUUCAAUGA